GGAGAUUUACCCGGUCUAAGUCAUACUUUGUGUGUGUUUUAUAUUACGGGUCGAGUGUGUCCAGGUCAAACCCGGUUAACCCACCCAGCUAUAUUUACACCAUCAUUUUUGGCGCCCACCGUGGGACCAAUUUUUAAGGUUUUUUCGACCAGGUCAAAACUUUACCCCCACUAAAUAUCCACAAUCAUGUCUUCGAGCAACUACAACGCUGUGUCAAGUCAGGCUGCGAGUGAAAGCACUCCUGCCAUCCCAUUGAUGAUGUCGAGCAUGGGGACAACCUUUGCUCCGAUCACCACUGUAGGAUCAAUUGGCAUGAUCCCAAUCAUGUCAACCCCUACUCCUACGCCGACGACAACAAUGUUCCCAGGCUCGAUAACAACCCCUGGUGGAGCAUUCACACCAUACCCGUCAGCUCGGGCUCAAUUUGCUGCUGACCCGGCAAAUGCUCAGGCUCUACAGGGCUAUCAACAGGUGAUGGCCAUGAUGCAACAGGCAGGUGGCUUCAUGCCAUUUGCCUAUCCUGGUAUGACGCCGCCAAUUAUGCCACCUCUGGUGUCGACCCCGUCAACAUUUGUCCCUAGGAUGGUCCCUAUACAUCCGAUGAAUCUGACGGGGACCAUGAAUGAAGCAGCACCCUCAAAUGUCCAUGAGGUCGAUGAGGCGGAGCAAGAGGCGGCCCGCAGGAAGAAGGAGGAUGGACCCCGCAAGUCUGCCAAGCUACGUCUUGGUCCUGAGAUGGGCAGGACUAGCGCAAUGGAAAGACUUGGCGGGGGUCGUCACGCCCAAUCUCGUCGUUUUAGGGAAUCUGAGACGAUUCACCAAGACGAGGAGGAAGCAGAAAGCCAGCCUAGGGCGUCGGCAUAUACCAGGCUCUCAUAUGAUGAGGAUGAUCUGGACAAGAUAGGAAGCGUAGCAAGAAAGCUGCGUGCCCUGGAAGAAAAGGUGGACGAGAAGGCGGGAGCAAAGAAGCACACCCUGGCCAAAUCACCCUUUUCGGCCAGGGUACAUGCACAAAAAUUGAGGCGUAAGGUCAAGCUGGACGUGGAAAAAUUCACUGGAAAGGAGGAUCCAAACGUCCACCUUGACACCUUCCACAAUGCAGCACAGAUGGUCGGGUGCACUGAUGUUCAGGAAUGCCUGCUCUUCUUCUCAUCCUUGAGAGGGAGGCCAGUGGAAUGGUUUAACGGCCGUCCCCAUGGCAGGAUAGGGUCCUUUGAAAAACUUGCUGAGGUUUUCCGCAAGAAGUACCAGGACAAAUGCAUCAAGAGGAAGAAGUUUACCUACCUUAACACGGUAGGGCAGAGGGAGAAAGAAACCUUGACUCAAUUCUUAACCCGCUGGAGGGAUGAGGUUGACAAGGUAGAAGAAAUGGACGAUAAGACGGCCAUGUCUUUGUUGAUGAAUGCCUUUCGGUCAGGUGACCUCUACACUGAAUUCUGUAGGAGGCCGCCUUCCUCUUAUCAGGAAGCCUACAAUACGGCAUGGGAAUAUGCCGAGGCAAAAGUGCUGAACAAGAAUAAGCGGGAGCUGGAGGAAGGCUACACAAAGCCGAAAUCCGACAAGCUAAAGAAGGACGACCAGAUGGGAGGGUCCAAACUAAAGGCUGCGUAUGACGGGUCUGUCCAUCAAAUAAGGAAUGAUAAGAAGGGAGAACAACCCAAGAGGCCUUGGACGGAGAAGUGGUGUACCUACCACCAAUCUGACUCCCACAACACGGCGGAUUGCCGAAAUGUCAAGGCUGUGCUCAAGGAGAUGGCCUUGAAAGGAGAGCUUGGGGAAGGUUACGCGACGGGUAAUAAGAAAGACCCGAAAGCGAACACCUGGACCCGUCAUCAGGGAAAAGACCAGGGAAGGAGAAAAUCCGGGAAGGAUAACAACAAUCCGGAUAAAGAAUUUAUACAGAUGAUUGUCGGCGGCCCAGAAGGCGGGGAUACUGCCUCCCAGCGGAAGAACUGGGCCAGGAGUUUGCACGUGGCGGAGGAGGAACCGGCAAGGACGAUCACAGAGCCUUGGUGGUCCAUGUCAGUAGAUGGAGCCGCUGGACCGAAAGGUUACGGUGGAGGUGUGGUAUUCACAACUCCGGAAGGGUUCAAGGUAUAUCAUGCCUUGAUCUUUAACUUCAAACUCACAAAUAAUGAGGCGGAGUAUGAGGCAUUGAUAGGGGGCCUGAGAUUGGCCAAAACCCUACAAAUCACAUGCCUCAGGAUCAAGUCCGAUUCAAGCCUGGUGGUAGGCCACAUCAAUGGCAACAUGGAGGCCAAAGGAGAGAAGAUGCAGAAGUACAGAGACUUGGCAAGGGCAUUAUUGAAGGAUCUGACUGAGUAUGUGAUGGAGCAAAUCCCUAGGGGGGAAAACACGGAUGCUGACUUGCUAUCAAAAUUGACGCAAGCAGCCCCGGAGCAUGUGUCCAAGUUGGCCAGGAUUGAGACGCUGGAAAAGGCUAGCAUUGAAAGGCUUUCUGUGAGCCUGAUAGAGGAGGAUGGACAGCCCAAUCUGACCCUGGUGGAACCUGAUGAUAUUUGGAUGGAUGACUUGGUCAAGUAUUACAUGACCGGGCAAUUCCCUGAGGAUGAGGAUAGGGUAAGAAAAGUAAAGUUGAGGGCUCCAAGAUUCCAAAUGCUUGAUGGAAGGCUAUACAAAAGGGCAUUUGGCGGUCCGCUGCUGAGAUGCUUGACCAGGGCGGAGGCGGAAAGAGUAAUCGCCGAAGUUCAUGAGGGUGUCUGUGCAGCCCACCAAAUGUCCAGGACACUAGCACAAAGGAUCAUCUUGCUAGGAAAAAAUUGGCUAGAGGAGUUACCACAUAUCAUCUGGGCUUACCGAGUCACUUCGAGAAGGGCCACCGGGGAGACACCCUUCGUCCUUACAUAUGGAUGUGAGGCCAGACUGCCCAUCGAAGCUAAAAUAAUGACCUUUCGGGAUAAGGUCUACGAAGAGAAAGGGAAUGAGGAGGACCAUUUGGCAGAGUUGAACUUGUUGGAGGAAAGGCGGAUGGUUGCUGAGGCUAAAAUGAUAGAGUACCAGCAAGCGGCCAAGGCCUACCAUGAUAACAAGGUAGGGCCUCGUUAUUUCCAAGUCGGUGAUGAGGUCUUGAGACGAAGGGAGGCUAGCAAACCGAGUGAUGGUGGAAAGCUUGCGAAGAAAUGGGAAGGCCCAUAUAGGGUCAAGGAAAUAUUACGCCCUAGGACAUACAAGUUAGAAACAACGGAAGGUCGAGAGUUGGAAAGGUGCUGGAAUUCCCACCACCUUAGAAAAUUCUACCGAUAGACCAAAUUGGCAGGGCAUGUAUUUGUAAUACCCCUUCGACGAUAAAUAAGAGAUUUCUUCAAUACUUGUGUUGCUGGGUCAGUAAUACUAAACUAAUGUCUUGAUG